AAAAAAAAUAAGAAUCAUAAAGUUUGAGUUUUAAACAAGAAAAGGGUUUCCAAAGGGACUUUUAAAAACUAAGUCUAUCAGCAAGAAUACAAUUAUUUCCUUUUUCUCUCCAUUAAUACAUUUGUAUCCAUGCAAACUCAUUUAUUGCUGAGAGAGUCACCUAGAGCACUGGCUUUACGCCCAACGGUACUAGAAGAAGCACCCUCCGGUGUACUUGUUUUUGAAGAAUAUGCUGGCUCUAAUAACAGAGCUAUGGCUAAACUUUUUGCACCUUCAGAAUUCGAAGAUUCCAAAUGGCGUAUAUUGAACUCGCGUCCAGUUUUUGGGUGCUUGGGUUUGAUAACCAUUCAAUCUGAGUGCUUUGUUGCAAUUGUAACAGACUGUGUUUCAGUCGGAAGAAUACGAGCUGGAGAAGAAGUGUACAAAAUUCAGUCAGUCUCAUUUUAUUCACUCUCCUCUGCCAGAUAUGACGACCUUGUGGAUUUUCCCGGUAAAGAUUUUGAAAAUGACGACAAUUGGGGAGACCAAACUGGCACUGUCAUACAACAUCCGUGCGCUCAAUUACAGAAAUUAUUUUCUAUUGGCAACUUUUAUUUUACACCUGAUUUUGAUUUAACAAAAACAGUGCAAGCUCGUACGUCGGUAGCCUCAUUAGGUGUUCAUUCUUUUGAUCAGCAUUUUUUAUGGAACCAAUUUUUGAUAUCCGGGUUGCUGGAUUUUAGAUCUAAAUUAGAAAGAAAGAAACAAAUGGAUCUUGACCGUGGCGGAUUUUUAGUGUUUUCCAUACGCGGAUACGUGGGUGUUGAAGUUGUCGAUAUAGACAACGAAAAGUACGAACUCUCUGUCAUUUCUAAACUUAGCUGUCAACGUGCCGGUACUCGUUUUAAUACAAGAGGAAUAGAUGAUAAUGGACAUGUCGCCAAUUUUGUCGAAACUGAAACCAUACUCUAUUCCGAUAGGAUAUGUUAUUCAUAUACUCAAAUUAGAGGAAGUGUUCCAGUAUUUUGGGAGCAACAAGGAAUGCAACUUGUUCAACAUAAAAUCCAGAUCUCUCGUGGACAGGCAGCCACACAACCAGCCGUCAAAAGACAUUUUGACGAGUUAGUAGAUCGCUAUAAUUGUGUAUGCAACAUCAACUUGUUAUCCCAAAAGGAGGCUACAGCAGGAGAAUCUGUACUCAGUAAUGCAUUCAACACGGCCGUAAACCAGUUAGAUUAUAACAAGGAUACCGUGCGCAUGGUUAAUUUUGAUUUGCACGCCGAGUGUAGAGGAGGAAAUUACGAUAAUGUAGCAGUUCUGAUGAAGAACAUUCGAAGGGUCAUGGAUGAUUAUGGAUUUUUCCUCAUGGACAGCGAUGACAAUCAAAUCAUCUGCAAACAAAAAGGAGUAUUUCGUACCAAUUGUAUGGAUUGUUUGGAUCGUACCAAUCUUGUCCAAAACGAAAUUUCUAGAAGAGCCUUACUCGAUUAUUUACAAGAUAGAUUUAGAGACAGUCGCUCGAAUAUUAAUCUGGAGCAUUUUGUGGCUCGACAUUCCCAUCUUUGGGCAGAAAAUGGUGAUGGACUUUCAAAAAUAUAUGCAGGUACAGGUGCAUUAAAAUCCGCCUUUACACGAACAGGCAAGGUCACCUUUAUGAAUGUGUUAAGUGAUGCUACACGAUCUGUCAAUCGAUUUUAUAUCAACAAUUUUCAAGACAAAGCACGGCAGGAAGUCAUUGAUCAGCUAUUAGGCAAGCUAGAAAAUCAAGCAGCCAUUACAAUUUAUGAUCCUAUCAGCGAUACAGUCACCCGCCAACUAUCGACGCGUAUGAAAGAAUACUCUACCAACCGGAAAAUUACUAUAUUUAGCGGGACCUAUAAUUUGAACGGUAAAGGCUUUAAAGGCGAGCUUUUGGAUCCUUGGUUGCUUCAACAUUUUAAAUUGGGUAAUAAAGAAGAGCCCGAUAUUUACGUUGUAGGGUUCCAAGAAAUAGUUGAAUUGUCGCCACAGCAGGUGAUGGCGACAGAUGCGGACAAGAGAAAAAUCUGGGAGCAACAAAUCGAGUCCACAUUGAAUAGUAGACCAGAAGGGAAAUUCAAAUAUACCUUAUUAAGAUCAAACCAGCUAGUAGGCGCAGCUCUUAUCAUUUUUGCUAAAUCCAAUAUUGUAGAAGAAAUUAGGAAUGUCGAAACUGCCAUCAAAAAGACUGGAAUCAUGGGUAUUGCUGGUAACAAAGGUGCAGUAGCCAUCCGAAUGGAUUACGGUGAUACAAGUUUCUGUUUUGUUGCAGCUCAUCUUGCCUCAGGGCACUCAAAUGUUGAUGAUCGGAAUGCAGACUUUCACACCAUCGACGAGGGACUUCGUUUUUUGCGAGGAAAGACAAUUGGUGGCCAUGAUAAUGUUAUCUGGGUCAGUGAUUUAAAUUAUCGAGUAUCCUUACCCAACGAAGAGGCACGACUGUAUGCAAAGGAUGGUAAUAUCGAUGCAUUAUUGAAGAACGAUCAGCUCACAAGAGAAAUGCGUCAACACAGAGUAUUCGAAGGAUACAAAGAAGGUAUAAUCACAUUUUUGCCAACAUACAAAUAUGAUAAUGGAACAGACGUGUAUGAUUCAAGUGAAAAGCAGAGAAUUCCUGGUUGGACAGAUCGUAUUUUAUUUAAAGGCAAACAUUUAAAGCAGCUUCAGUAUUCGCGCGCGGAAUUAUAUACGUCGGAUCAUCGACCGGUCCUUGCAUUGUUUGAGGCAAAUGUUAUCACUUUGGACAAGGAAGCUAAAGUAAAGUUGCAGAAAGAAUUAUACCAAAGCCUAAGUUCAAUUGAAGUUCGCGCAUUACCGCCACCAGACUUACCGAAACGCAAGCUUACAGCACCGAUUUCCACCAAAUCAGCUAUGACGGUCAGUGAACCAAUUGCUACUAGUAGUUCCUCAAUGAAGUUAUCCGAUUCAUAUGCAGAUACACUUGUGGACAUUUCGAUUGAUUCAAGUGGAUUUCCUUCUCCGAGCACUGAUUCAAAUAAAUGGUGGGAAGAUGGCACAGAACUCCCAAAAGCUGAUAAAAGUCGAUCCACUGGCAUGAAUCCAUUUUUAGAAGAAGAAGAUUUUAUAAUGGCAGGGGGUAGUAGUUUGAAAUUUCCUAGCUCAAUUCAAUCUGAUAGCGAAUGGACACCGUUAAGCCCUAUAUCAGUUUAUAGUCCUUCUGUGACGAACGGUGCAAAGAAGCCUUCGGUCAUUACUAACAGCAAUAAUAAUAACGUAUCAAGUGUUAUUGGAUUCUGGAAUAAUAAACAAUAAUCAAAAAGUAGUGUAUUUACACUAUUUUCAGAAAUUAUCAGUUCAAAUGUAAAAAAAAAAAAAAAAAAAAAAA